CCCCGUCUACCUCCUUGGCCGCAUCCCCUCUUUCUCUCUUUAAGGCUUUGAAGAUGGUGUUCAUGGCGCUCAUGAUACUGAUACCGGGCGCGGUCGUUCUGUCCUUGUUGCUGAGAGCAGUAUGGAUCACCAUCUCUUGCUACUACUUGACUCCCAAGCGCAUCAGGAGAGCGAUGGCGGAGCAAGGAGUUCACGGCCCCGACCCACGCUUCCUUGUCGGAAAUCUAAAAGACAUAGCCGUCCUCGUCAAGAAGACUACCUCCGAUGACAUGGAGGUGAUAGGUCACGACAUCGUCGGCCGCCUCAUGCCCCAUUACGUCCUCUGGUCCAAAAUCUACGGCAAGAGGUUCAUGUACUGGUACGGCAGCGAGCCGAGGUUGUGCUUGACGGAGACCAACAUGAUCAAGGAGCUCCUCUCAUCCAAAUAUGCGCAGAUCACCGGCAGGUCUUGGCUCCAACAGCAAGGAUCCAAUCACUUCGUAGGGCAGGGCUUGUUGAUGGCUAAUGGCCACAGCUGGUUCCACCAGCGCCGCAUCGUGUCUCCGGCAUUCAUGGCAGACAGAUUGAAAAGCCAUGCCGGUUACAUGGUGACCUGCACGAAGACAAUGAUCAAAUCCAUGCAUGAUGCCAUCGCGACCGGCGACGACGAGGUGGAGAUCGGAGGCUACUUGACUCGCCUUACCGGAGAUAUAAUAUCCCGGACCGAGUUCGAUAGCAGCUACGAGAAAGGCAGGCAGAUUUUCCAGCUUCUUGAGAGAUUGCAGAGCCUCACUGCUCUAUCGAGCCGCUACUUGUGGAUUCCAGGCAGCAGGUUCCUUCCCAGUAGGUUCCGGAGGGAGAUCAAACAGAUGAAGGUAAGAGUGGAGAGGCUGCUGAUGGAGAUCAUACAGAGCAGCAAAGAUGGAGUCGAGAUAGGGAGGAGUUCAUCGUACGGUAGAGGCCUUCUGGGUAUGCUGCUGUCCGAGGCCCAGAAGAAGAGGGAGGGAUUUAGCUACAGCCUCCCGCUGGUGAUGGACGAGUGCAAGACCUUCUUCUUCGCGGGGCACGAGACCUCGGCGCUGCUCCUCACAUGGACUGUCAUGCUCCUCGCCACGAACCCGACAUGGCAAGAGCGAGCGCGUGCAGAGGUUGCGCAAGUUUGUGGGGACGACCCACCCUCAUCGGAGCAUCUCCCAAAGCUCACACUGUUAACUAUGAUCAUUAACGAGUCAUUGAGGCUGUACCCUCCUGCAACCCUUCUACCGAGGAUGGCGUUCGAGGAUAUAAGGCUGGGGGACCUUCACAUUCCCAAGGGACUGUCCAUUUGGAUCCCGGUGCUGGCGAUCCACCACGACGCGACAAUCUGGGGCGAGGAUGUGCAUGAGUUCAACCCAGAGAGGUUCGCCGGUAGAUCCUUUGCUCUGACUCGCCACUUCCUGCCGUUCGCCUCCGGACCUCGCAACUGCGUCGGGCAGGCCUACGCCAUGAUGGAAGCUAAGAUCAUCCUGGCCAUGCUUCUCUCCAGCUUCAGCUUCGCCAUCUCCAAUAAUUACCGGCACGCUCCGAUCAACGUCCUCACCUUGAAGCCAAAGUAUGGCGUCCCCGUCCACUUGAGACCCCUCAGGCACUGAUCUUCCUACCGAGACAUCCCUUUUCCGUUUUCUUCCAACGAGAGUCGUAUUAAGGACUUCGAGGGACAUGCUUUUUGAGGAGGACCAGAAGAUGAGAAGAAUAUGAUGCAAAAAUAAUGUGCCAAGCAUUCUGAAUGCCCAGUCGCCUUCAGUAAGUCGCUGAAGGCCGCAGGCACAGGUUUUUCAUGCUACUGAGCGUGACCAAGUGUAUCAUAAGGCAAAUUGCAAUGUACUGGAUAUGCUUCUUAUAGUUUUUUAAGGAAAGGUAUGUGGAUGGAUA